AUGCUCAACCUCUUCUAUCAAGAACAGGACCGGGGCAACCCUGAGAACCUUCAGCUCCUCAAGGAAGCAGAACUUACUUUUAUAAAAGAAUUGGAAGACUUGCAUGUAAAAUUCUUACAUUUACCAAGGCAGACCAAACCAGUAAGAGAAAGCAAGAACAAGUGGAACACCACAAGGCGACAUAGCUGUGCUUUUGUAAAUACUCCAUUAUGCUGUAUUAAUAAAAUUAUGCAUCAAAUUCAAGAGUUAGAAUUAAAGGAGGAAAAAUGCUUUCAGCAGGUACAUUUAUGGUUGAAAAUGACCAAAGUGGUUUUUACCCACAGGAUAACAAAACAGUUCAGUGCUGACUCUGUUGAAGAUAUCCGGUCAUCAUUAUCCACUAAGUUGGAUUUUAAAGACGCUGAUGUAACUUAUGAAGGGGCAAAGAUGUUAACUUUGAAGCAGGAAACAGAAGCUUUGCUAUUGGAAGUUACUGAGCUAAUUAAGCAGCUGGAGGCUGAUAGUGAGGAGGGAGAAAAAGCUUUGGAGUUGGAGAAAUAGUGAAGGAAAAAGUUUGACAUGAAAAUUGAUUGUAUGUCACUUUGGAGGCUUCAGCAACUCCUCACAGACAUGCAAAAAGAAUACGAAUGUGUUCAAAAUACCUUGGAGAUACGAUGGCAUUUUCAUAGUAAAAGCUAUCAGCUGCCACAGGUACAAAACCAAAUACUUAAAACAGCCAACAGAGAGAAUCGGGAGGAUAUAGACUCCACGAAGAAACACAGCCCUCUGCUGGAAGAAAAGCUGAAUCUAGAGGGUGAAAUACUGAAGGAUAUGUUCCUGGUGUACAAAAAGGUAUCAAAAAUAUACAGUGAUGUUCAUUGGGAACUGAUGGAAAUACAAAAGGCAACGAAAAGAACUGACCCUUGGAUUAUUAAGCCAGCAGCAUGCUUGCCAUACUUUCUAAAAAGACAGGAAGUAAGCAAUCUGAAUAAUUUAUUGUCAUGGUUUAACCCCAGUAGGCGGCUGAACACAGCCGCCCUCUUGUUCACUUCUUCUGAGCCAGGAUGGUGUGGAGAAGCAGAAGGGAAUGAGUUAAAGCAUUUUGAAUUUAUUUGGACCGAAUACUGUAUGAAGUUAAAAGAAACAGAGGAGAAGAUUAUAAAGGAUGAAAAACACCUUGAGGAGUUAGUGAAGCAAAAAGCAGAAAUCCAGGAAGAUGCAAAAUGUUGGAACAGCAAACUGUGUUUGAUGACCUGGAAUACUUCAGCAUGUCCAUUAUCAUGGCUAGGCUUCCUGAAUGAAUAUUUGGGAAAGCCUCUACUCACGCUUCCUACAAGCACGCUGAUGAGCCAACCUUCAGAAAUCCCAGGUCCCAGAGACCAAAGGGAAAGGCUGGAGCAAGGAAUGCAUACCCUUUCUGAAAGAGAAUCUGGUCAGGGAAUAUGCAAACUGGACAUACAUAAGUCCACAGGCAGUGAUUGGAUGCACCCACGAGUGCUGAGGCAGCUUGCUGAUGUCAUCAUGAGGCCACUGUCAAUAAUCCUUGGGUGUCUGAGAGAAGUGCUUGAGGACUGGAGGAAGGCAAAUAUCACUCCUAUGUUCAAGAAAGGCAAGGAGGAUCCCAGGAACUGCAGGCAAGUCAGCCUCACCUCAAUCCAUGGAGAGGUGAUGGAGCAGCUAAUCCUGGAUGGCAUUUUCCAGGCACAUUUCACAAGGACAAGAAAGUCAUCAGGAGUAGUCAACAUGGAUUUGCCAAAGCUUCUAGAAGCCUCUCACAGAAGCCAUCCCUGUACAUUACCCCCCUUCCCAAAACCUGGCCGCACAAACCCAGUACAGCGAGUCAUAGCUAGUAUUUUCAUCCCAGGUAUGUGGCAUCUGGCAGAUGUUUAUGAUCUCUUUAUACAGAAAUCUCCCUCUCCAAGUGCUGAUGGCAUAUACACUUCCAAAGUGCAGAAGAUCUCCUAUUUGGAUCAGAGAGUUCAUGAGAUAGAUAAAGAGCAAAAGCAAACUAAACAACAGGUUGGAAAAAAAAAGGAAAUAUUACGCAGUUUUCAGCAGCCUAAUGUCAGAAUCUCUUCAAGUUGUGUUUUUGCAGCUGAAGAAAGUCAGGAGGAGUUCAGGAGUCGUUCUCUGUGCUUUAAUCUUCCACUGUUUGUAUUUGGUUGGUUUGUUUGUUUGUCUUUUAUUUCUCAUUUAAUUGUUAAAAACUAUUACACUAUGGAAAACUUAAAAAAUGAAUUUAAAGAAUUAAGUGACUUAUGGAACACGAAACAAAUACAAAUAAAAAACACAGAAAAAUGCUGAGCUGUGACUAAGAAACAGUAUAGUGGUGUGAUGUUUAAGCAGCAAAAUGUUCAGAUGGUAUUUAAAGAUAAGCUAGCAGAAUAUGAGAAAAGAUUAAAGCAGUAAGAAAGCACAGCAGAGGAUAUUUUAAAGAACAGAAAAAAAGACUUGAGUGACAGUCAGGCUUCUCUGAAUCAAAUAAUUAAAGAAAAUCUGUGGUUAGUUCAGGAAUAUAAAAUCUUUCAUAACUACUAAUUAAACAGUAAAGAUCUCACAGAACUCUACGACAAUAGUAUCAGGUUGGAAGCUGCUGCUAGUGACCAUCAGCAGAUAAGUGCGCUACAGAGGCGGUGGAGCAGGGACUCACUGGCUGCGUGGUGGAGCCGGAGCGGCCUCUCCAGCCAGGCUGGGCUGGCGAGGAUCCAGGCAACCUCUCAGGAGAACGCUCAGAAAAUAUUAGCUGUGCAGGGGGAGUUGUCAAAAGCAAUACAGCACAUCACCGCUUUCUUGCGCUCUUUGACAGAUGGCUCGCCGACUACAGACAACAAUGCAAACAACCAGUGUAUCUUGGAUGCUGAAAUAAAAGACAAGAAAAGUCACACAGUUCAGAUAACAGUGUAAUUGGACAUUCACCUGUUUGCCAUUUCACACUUCCAUGGACGAAAAACUCACUCACCUCCCAGCAUGCCUUGCCAUUCUUUUACUUACAGCAAAUCCAUAACAAUGAAACAGGUGACUUUCAUGCUGCUGUCAGGAACGAUCUAAUUUCAGCUCUGGGUGACUGAUUGCAAUUGGCUUUGCCUCAUCUGAUAAUUAAUCUAUGUCACCAUUAAUUGGAAGAGAGAAUAAUUACUGGCGGUGUUGACAGUGACUGUACGCUUCCCCAGAUUUCCCCACUGUGUUGGCCCAAAUAAAGGCUUUGCAAUUCAGUACUUAAAGUUUAUGUAAACUGGAACAAUACCUAUGCCCAUGUGACACUUGCAGACACUCUGUCUAAUGUACUUUUGUUUUUCUGUUUACCAGUCUUUUUUAGCUCUCUGAGAGCUGUCUCCCUCAAUCACUCCUCAAUGUUCUAUCUUAAUUUUGUGGAAGUUUAAAGUUUUCAAUGAGCUGGAGAUGAAUGAUUAAUGAAUAAAUUUAAAUGCUUCAUUUUGUC